GCAAUCGACGAUCGGUCCGUCACAGCAGCUGCAGAAGGUCUCUUGCCAGUCUGCCACAGCCCAACAACGACUAGGUGCACGUCAUCUGCUCAUCGACAGCCUCUACACGAUGCCGAAUACCAUCAAUGACAUUAAACUCGACUUUAAGGAUGUCUUGUUACGUCCUAAACGGAGCGAACUCAAAAGCCGAUCCGAUGUGGAUUUAUUUCGUGAAAUAACGUUUCGCAAUUCGAAACGAACGUACAAAGGUAUACCAGUGAUGGCAUCGAAUAUGGACACUGUUGGGACAUUUGAAAUGGCUAGGGCAUUAUCCAAGCAUGGACUGUUUACAACGGUCCAUAAGUAUUAUUCCGCCGAUGAGUGGAAAGAAUUCGCUGAAAAAAAUCCAGAUUGUCUGGGAAACGUUGCUGCCACCUCAGGAACCAGCACAGGGGAUUUUGAACGACUCACGUCUGUUCUCACCGCGGUUCCUGAGCUGACCUUCAUUUGCCUGGAUGUUGCCAAUGGAUACUCACAGCAUUUCGUGGAGUUUGUGAGGAAAGUCAGGGGACAAUUUCCUAAUCAUACGAUAAUCGCCGGCAAUGUUGUGACCGGGGAAAUGGUGGAGGAAUUGAUUCUUUCUGGUGCUGAUAUUAUUAAAGUUGGCAUUGGCCCUGGGUCGGUUUGCACCACUAGAAUGAAGACAGGGGUUGGAUAUCCACAGUUGUCUGCGGUUAUCGAGUGUGCUGAUGCUGCGCAUGGAUUGAAGGGGCACAUUAUAUCAGACGGAGGCUGUUCGUGUCCUGGAGACCUUGCCAAGGCCUUCGGAGCCGGUGCGGACUUCGUGAUGGCGGGGGGAAUGUUCGCGGGGCACGACGAGUGCGGUGGGGAAGUGAUAGAGAAAAAUGGGAAAAAAGUCAAAUUGUUCUAUGGAAUGGCGUCUAGGACAGCCAUGGAGAAGCACGCAGGUGGUGUUGCUGAGUACAGAUCUUCUGAAGGAAAGACUGUUGAGGUGUCUUACAGAGGAGACGUCGAGACAACCGUCCUCGACCUUCUCGGUGGACUGAGGUCGGCCUGCACCUACGUCGGCGCCUCUAGAUUACGAGAACUACCGAGACGUGCCACAUUCAUAAGGUGCACGCAGCAAUUGAAUCCCAUGUACGGACCACCCUCGUAAAUAUAGGGUUAAUUCAAAUUAGUGGAAAUUCCCUCGGUGAUUGUGUCUUCAACAAAAUCAUUGAUCUGUAUGUUUCAUUUUAUUUUCCGAGCGCGUUGCUGAAGCGUUGAAAAUUAUUAUUCAACAGUAAUAACAACUAUUAUUGUUAAAUUCGCUUUUUGCCGGCUUGAGAUGGAGAUGUGGGGGAUAAUCAUUGCAAUUAUGCAUUUUGCCAGAAUUCAGCUCCAAAAUUAAUGAUAUCGGAUAUUUAAUCCUCCAGAGGCUCGUCUCAUGGUAUUUCUAAACAAAUUUACUUGUGCUCUAGAUAAUUAUUGAACUGAAAAUGGAUUUCAACAAUUUUUGGCGACACUUGGAAACCUAGAGAAUUAUAGAUCUUUGUCGUAAUUUCUCUAAAACGACCUCCAUAUUGCAUCUUGUUGAAUUGAAGUCAAGGCCUCUCAUUAAACGAUUCCAAUUAAUCAGAGUUGAUAUAUCUGAUUUUAGUAAUUUAUUUAAAUUUUUUCAUAUAAAAUCGCAAUUGACAGAAUGCGAUGAUUAUGAAUGGAAAUUUAAUCGUCGUUUAGAUCGGAUAUCGAUCCAUGGAAUUGAUCUUUCUCCCUGUUUUGAUUACAUUUAUGUCAAUUCGACGCUUUAUUCGCGAUAUUCGAAGAAAAUCAAAGAGUUUAGCCCUCGCAACGAGUAGAGCCUAUUUGAAACCCUCAGUAACUGCGUAUUUAAAAGUAUUAAAAAAUCAAUCGAAGAGUCAACGUCUUCGGAACAAAUAAAUGCAUCGACUGGCAUCCACCCAGCAAUUUCAAAUGAGAAAAAUCUAAUUCAUCAUGAGAAUAUUCACAAGCGUUACAAAUUAAUCAAUUAAUUGAAUUAAUCAUUCAAACUAAAGACAUGCACUUUCAACUAGUAGGGUAAUUGUAUUUAAUCUUUGUGUUAGGUUCUCAAUUGAAAAAAAAAAUUAAGAAUUGAAAUUAAUUUAUGGAUAUUGAUUUGUUAUUUAAUUUUGUUAAUUGUUACUUGAAAGAACAAAUCGCCUUCAAAGUAGAACAAAAAAAUAAUAAACGUUGGGAUAAUUACUGACAAUGCAAUAAUUCAAGUCAAAUCAUUUGAUAUGAAGUAGGUGGAAAGUUGUGCGACCUCCGAGCUAGGGGAAAUGCAAUACAAUUGUUGACAAAUCGUCGACAAAUUUCAGGGAUUUAUCUUAGGUGCACUUACGCACACGAACUCAUGCAAUUUGUCCUUGGAUAAUGGCACCGGUGUUUCCUUUCUUCGGAACGAAUUCCUCUUUGCAUCCUCUGAUAACCUGAUGAGGGUAAUUAGAGGCACGAAGGUAUAGAGAGCAUUUUUUUAUUGAUUAAACGAUAGUCAUCGUGCCACAUCGCAGAAAUGAGGAAAAGCGAAUCCAGUGGCUUAUAAAUAUUUCUUGAACGAAUGAUGGGAUUUGGUUAAGUCAAGCUUCAUUUUAAAGUGCAAAAAAAUAUCUUGAGAAUGAAAAAAAAAAUUGGGAAAAUUUACUCAACUAAUUUUGAGGUAUUCACCUUUGUUGCUCCACUGUCUCCUUCAAUGCCAGAUUUUUUAUUCAUUUUCUCAACAACCCAAUAUUAAUUAUAAAUCGUUUAUGAAAAAUUGAUUUAUUGUGUUUUACGUAUGCUGAUUAUAAUUCUCGAUAAAACAUAUACAUUUGCUAUGUAAAAUGUCUAGAGUCAAGUGUUUGGUGAUUUUGGUAUGUGUGAUUGUCUCGUAAGAGUCCCGAUAAUGUGAUAGUAACAGUAUGAAUUUUUGUUUUAUUUAUCGUUUUUCUCUCUUGUUGGUUGAUGUUAAUAAAGUGUAUUGAGUACUUGAA